CCUACCUCUGCACCGCAUGCGGGAGGAGCUUCACUCACCGGAGAGAGACCCUACCUCUGCACCGCCUGUGGGAGGAGCUUCACUCACCCGGGAGCUCACACCGGAGAGAGACCCUACCUCUGCACCGCCUGCGGGAGGAGCUUCACUCACUCGGGAGCGCACACCAGAGAGAGACCCUACCUCUGCACCGCGUGUGGGAGGAGCUUCACUCACUCGGGAGCGCACACCAGAGAGAGACCCUACCUCUGCACCGCGUGUGGGAGGAGCUUCACUCACUCGGGAGCGCACACCAGAGAGAGACCCUACCUCUGCAUCGCAUGCGGGAGGAGCUUCACUCACUGGAGAGAGACCCUACCUCUGCACCGCGUGUGGGAGGAGCUUCACUCACUCGGGAGCUCACACCGGAGAGAGACCCUACCUCUGCACCGCCUGCGGGAGGAGCUUCACUCACCCGGGAGCUCACACCGGAGAGAGACCCUACCUCUGCACCGCCUGCGGGAGGAGCUUCACUCAGUCCAGCGAUCUGCAGAACCACAGAAAGAAGCCCCGUCCCAUGCUGCCUCGCUCCAGUGCAAACACUGUGUAGAGACUAGAUGCCGCCUGAC